AUGGUGAAAUCUCAUUGGUCUAAAAUCUGGCUACACAUAGUGGGAUGUUUAAGCAUCAUGGUUCAUUCGGCUGAUCAUUACCUUCAAGAAGCGAAGAAACUGAAACACAAUGCAGAUGCUCUGAUGGACAGGUUUGAGAAGGCCGUGUAUUAUCUGGAUGCUGUGGUGUCUUUCAUCGAGUGUGGAAACGCCCUGGAGAAAAGCGCCCAGGAGGCCAAAUCGCCCUUCCCCAUGUACGCAGAAACUGUGGAACUCAUCAAGUACACUAUGAAGCUGAAGAGCUACCUGGCGCCGGAUGCAACCUCUGCAGACAAAAGGCUAGCGGUGCUGUGCCUGAGGUGCCAAGCGCUCCUGUAUUUGAGGCUCUUCAAGCUACGCAAAGAAAGUGCACUGAAAUACUCUAAAACGCUCACUGAACACUUGAAG